UUUUCUUAAAAUUUUAGUUCAUAAUCUCAAAAUUUCUUGAAUAUUUGUUUAUCCUCAUUCUCAUUUCUCGGUACUAUUAAACAAAUGCUUUUGAGUAGAUGUGUUAUAUUCUAAUGUAGAAUUUGCUCUUAGAUCCUUUUCUUGCGUUGUUUGGCAAGUCUCGUAAGUCUUUUCAUGUAAUUUAAAGAUAUGAGGGGUUAAAUUUAGCCCCAAAUUUCUUAAAUAACCUACUAAAUUUUUCAAAAUUGGGGAUAACAUAACUAUAGAACUUUGAAAAGAGAUUAUUGAAAAUUUGGGCAGCAUUCCAUGAAAAAUAAUAUUUACAUAAAGAACAUAAUUCAUGUGCCACUUCAGAACUUAGAAAAAUAUGAAUAAUGCUGAUACGCAUUUUGAUAAUCAAGGAUCUCCAAAUCUUGAUUUAAAUGAGCUUAUGGAAUUCACUACAGAAGAAAUCGAUGGACAUGAUGUAUUCAGACAGCAAAAUGUCACUCUGGUCAAUCCAGAGACUGAAGAAGAAUUGACGAUGAUACUAGUGAUCCAUACAGCCGUUGAUCAAAGAGAUAACAAAGUUGUAGAGGUAUACGAAGGGGAUUGACCAGAAGUAGUAGGAAGCUCUAAUGGAAAGGUGACUCAUAAAAUAGAAUAUGUGAAAGAAACUCAAGAGGCAAAGAUUGAUACUACCAGUAGAAUAGAGAUGAAUAUGACAAAGGAAAAGAGUCGAAAGGGUUUCACUGGGAAGGAUUUUGUUAAGGCUGUUGAGCAGUUUGUUAUUCAAAUUCAGCCCUAUGUUUCUAGUUACACUAUUGAUUUCGAAGAAGAUGAUUCUUGACUCGAUGGAUGUUUCUUGAGUAUUAGAAAUACAAUACAUCUUAAUACUUUUUCUAUAAUGCCUUCUUCGGUUAGAGAUUCAGAAGCCCCAAGGCCUUCUUUGAAUUCACUUAUUGACAAUCCUCAAAGACAGAAUAAUUAUCUUAGGAAGCUAUUUGACAAAUAUAAAGCAAAUAUUACUACAGAACCUUCAAGAAUUCUUAGUAGAAUCCAAAGAGCUUGUGAUGUACUCUUCCUAGAUAAUGAAGAUGAGUGGGAGGAAGAUAGUUUCUUCUCACCUAUGAAACUCGCUGCUCUGAUCUGCUAAAAUAUCAAAAGAGCUUUAAUUCAUUUGCGCU